AAAAUGCUGCUGGUGGUCUUCUUCCUACCUCUCGACCCGGUCGCUUUCCUCUGGCUCUGUAUCCUCAGCAUGAUGUGGACGACCUGCCAGAGUUCCGUGCUCAUCAUCGUCAUCAUCAUCAUCACAAUCACCAUCAGAACCCUAGUUGGGUAUCCGGAGUCAUCCCAGGUUCUCUCUCUGGAUCAGAGUUUCAUCAGGAGCCUUCCUCUCACCGAAACCUGAACCGCCUUCUACAGCCACAUCACGGCAUUCAACCAGAACAUGUUGCUGUGUCUGCACAACACCUGGUUACCAUGCACCUGGCCGUGGAUGUGAGGAAGCUGAACGUCGGUCUUCUCCGGUGGUUUCGGGAGGGCGUCGCAGCGGCGCUGGGCGUUCUGGUGAAAUACGUUCACAUUCAACAGCUGAACGAAGAGAAGAACGGCAUCGAGCUCUUUGUGUCUUCUGAUAGGCUGGGCGCCUCUGAGCCCCGCUCAGCUGAAGAGGUCAUCCAGUCACUGAACGUCAGGGUGCUUCACCGCUACCUGGGGCACUUCGGCAUCACCGAGGUCUCGUCUGAGAAGAACAUCCUGCAGGGCAAGCAGAAGGAUCCCGUCUGGAGCGGAGAAGGUUUCUACGCCCUUUUCCUCUUCUUCACCGUCUUCAUCAUCGUCAUCACCUGUUUGAUGGUUUUGUAUCGAAUUAAGGAGAAGGUUUCAGAGAAGCACCUUAAAGCCCCGCCCCCGGACUUUCACCUGAACCCGCCCAUCCCUCCUGACCCUGUCCGGAGGUCAAAGGGCAUCAAGGUUGUGACGUCAGAAAGCAUGGUCCAGUCUGAGCCCCCACCUGCUGUAGCCACACCCAUUCACCAGCAACAGCCAAUCGUAGCCUGCCGUCACCUCACUCCUCCUCUUGUGCCUCUACCCAGCCCCGCCCCUUUGCCCAUCAUCAACAGUGACGACCACGCCCCUCCAGUGAGCGUUGCCCAAGUAACCACCAGUAACGAGCUGAGGCCCUGCCCCUCCCCCUUCAGGAUGAAACCUGCUGCGGGACUACAAGAAAGACGAGGCUCCAACGUGUCCCUGGUGUUGGACAUGUCGGCUCUCGGCUCGGUGGAGCCCCUUAACGUUACCGUGGUAACCCCCAGAGAGACCGCAGCCAGAGAGUACCUGCUGUCGGCCGGACGACCGCUGACACGGCAGCAGCUCCAGGACGUUGUCAACGACACACACAAGCUGCACGCGGAGUUUGCCGAAAUUCCUAUGAAUUUCAUAGAUCCCAAGGAACUGGAUAUUCCAAACUACGGCACCAAGAACCGAUACAAGACCAUACUGCCCAAUCCUCAUUCCAGAGUGAUCCUGAAGUCUAGGAGCAGCAACGACCCGCUGAGCUCCUACAUCAACGCUAACUACAUACGGGGUUACCUAGGCGACAGCAGGAUGUUCAUCGCCACUCAGGGUCCCAUGGUGAACACGGUGAAUGACUUCUGGCAGAUGGCGUGGCAGGAGGAGGCACCUGUCAUUGUCAUGAUCACCAAACUGAAGGAGAAAAACGAGAAGUGUGUUCUGUACUGGCCGGAGAAGCGAGGGAUCUACGGGAAGGUGGAGGUGACGGUGAACGCCGUCGGAGAGUCUGAACACUACACAACACACAGCCUCACCCUGAAGUGUGGGAAUCAAACCCGCGUCCUGCAGCAUUACUGGUACACAUCCUGGCCCGACCACAAGACCCCCGACUCGGCUCUGCCGCUGCUGCAGCUGAUGUCCGACGUGGAAGCGGACAGGCGCGCUGCCGCCGCCCUGGGUCCAGUUAUAGUCCACUGCAGUGCUGGGAUUGGCCGGACAGGGUGUUUCAUUGCCACGACGAUCGGCUGUCGGCAGCUACAGGUGGAGGGGGUGGUAGACAUCCUGAGCAUCACCUGCCAGCUCCGAGCCGACAGAGGGGGUAUGAUCCAGACAGGUGAGCAGUACGAGUUUGUCCACCACGCUCUGAGCAUGUAUGAGACCCGCCUCUCCACAGAAACCGGCCAAUGAGCUCUCAGCACUUCACCUGAAGCCACGUAAACACACAGUCCUCAGCAGCUAUGAGGGACGGGGACUGGAGACUCUUGAGGAGGUCUUUGGGUUGGACAAUGAACAAGGACUAAAGUGGGAGGAGCCAGCUGAACAGAAGACGAAGGUAGACUUCUGAAAGUGGAAUGUAUCUCUUCUUCUUCUUCUCUCCGUGUUUUUGGUCCGUGUACAUGGAUGGACUUCCUCAGUUACCCACCUGACUCUGAGUUUGUGCUGUUUUUAACCAACAUGGACGAUGUUCUCCAUGUUUAACGGGACUUGAAUCCUUUUGAUGGAACGUUCUCGUCAGACAGAACCCAAACUGAUGUUAGCUGGUUGUAAUAUGUGGUUUUGUUAGAGCCGACCCAAAGGUGACCCUCGGCCCAUCUGUGACCUUCAGCCUGUCACGGUGACCUUGAGAAUCCCAGGUUAAUGCACAUUUUCUGGACUGCAUUCCGACAUUUUUAUUGUCUUUGAUGUCCCAAAAACCAAACCUCACCCUUACAUCACGUCUAUCAUCAUUAAAGAUAAACGUCUGACGUGUCGUCUACGUUACGGUUGGUUAACUCGGUGAAGUGCCGGACAAUCCUAAUAUGAGUUUAGCUAUGAAGACGAGGAGCUUUAACGUUUAUAUUUGCAUCCUUUAGUGCUGCCGUGUGGUCUCUACAAACAGCUCAAGCAUGAAAACAUCCAUCCAUCCUUUUCUGUUGCCGUCUGACUAAACAGCUGAUUUACAGCAAUAAGAACAGACAAACACGAACAACGGAAUUACACACGGCCUGUUAAAACUAUAACAUAAUGUUAAUAAAACACGGAGAAGGGAACUAAAUGUGCUCAGCCAGGGUAGGGAACCAAGAGAACAUGAAGAUUAAGCUGAAGACUAAAACCAAGACACCAAAAUCUGGUACAACGAAUAAAACC